AUGAAAUUUUGUUUCAGGAUUGACGAAAUCGCGCAGUCGUCUAGUGACACGGUUUUUGACGAAUACGGAAUCCGGUUCCCCCCAUCAGAACCAGAAGGUCAUAGAAGAGCAGGAGGAGGGAUCUCAGGCGCAUAUUGGUGCUGUACGGGUGCAAAGGUUUAUGAAAUCCCGACUCUACCCCAAGGAGUAGCACGGUAUAAAACCUUCUCAAUGUAUUACUACGGGGGCGUUGGUUUCUGGAUCCUGCGAGGGGAUGCUGUAAAUCCUAAGGAUAAGGAAGUUUGGCAUCCACUUACGUUUGACUGGGAUUAUAAGGACUCUUCAUCCUUCCUAACACUUUUUGGGGCACAUGGCACACUUCUAGUACAGCGCGAAAAACAGGAAUGGCCGCACAUACUUCUCCCCAGUAUUCAUCAUACUACUAGUAUGACGCCUUACGAAACCUAUGGCGGCUUAUGUGGAGAGCUACCAAUUUUUCUUGGCCUAAUGGCAUUCUCUGUACGGAAGGAAGAUCUUCAGGAUAUCCUACCUACCCUUUACCGAGAGGGGAAGUGGGCCACACAUAAAUAUCCGCAUGGACGUACGUAUUUUCACUCUUCGGUCUAA